UAAAUUUCAUAUCAUUUAUUGAUUUAAAAACAGUCGAUCGUUAGACAGUGUCAGUACCGGUCAUCUUACAGUAUUCAAGUGACAUCCAAGUGGAUUUUAAUUUUCUUUUAACAAGUGAAGCAAAUAUUCAGUAUGUCAAAGCCACCAUUUGUAUUGGAAACCGGCCCAAUGUCAGCCGAAACCAGAAAAAUCGCUGAAGUGGAAUUAAAUGAAACUCCGGAACGAGUUGAAAAAAGUGUUGCCGAGUUGCGUCGACUCUUACAUGAAAACACCGAUUUAUACUACCAAGAUGAUGAGGAAACGCUUAAAAUAUUUUUACGCCCAUGUCAUUUCUAUCCAGAAAGUGCUAUCAAAUUGAUGCGUCGUAUAGCUGAAUUCAAACGUGAUAAUGCUGACGUACUAAAAAAUUUAAUGCCUGAAGAUGAAAAAGAUGCCUUUGUCAAUAAUGAUUUGAUCAAUGUAUUGACCAAUUAUGAUCAAGACGGUCGCCGAGUUUUGGUUAUUCAUUGUGGUAAAUUGUGGGAUCCAAAGAGGGUGUCAUCGGAACAGCUAUUCAAAUUGUUCUAUUUGAUACAAGUUGCUGGACUUGUUGAACAAAACAACCAAGUGCGUGGCGUUGUUGUUCUUAUGGAUUUUGAUGGAUUGGGAAUGUCACAAGUCAGACACUUGACUCCAGCAUGGGGCAAACGUUUACUCACAUUCAUCCAAGACGCAAUGCCUCUUCGCUUGAAACAGGUGCACAUGGUUAAUCAGCCUUUCGUUUUCAAUAUGGUCUGGGCACUUUUCAAACCAUUCGUCCAAGAAAAACUAUCGAAAAGAAUGUUCUUCCAUGGAAGCAACCGUAAAUCAUUGAUGAAACACAUUAACGGAGCUAACCUUCCGGCCAAUUAUGGUGGCGAUUUGCCUGCGAUCAAUUACUCAGCCAAAGAUUGGUAUCCUUGCAUCUCUGACCACCUAGAGUUCAUGGCCAAAUACAAUUCUUACGGUUUUGCCAACUCAAAUUAAACAAUGCAUGGCUUUAAACAAGCAACAAUCCCUUUGCCAGUUCAUAUUAAGUUUGGAAAAUAAUUUUUUAAAUUCAAUUAUGAUUUUUGCUGUUAAUAAUGAGAAGAAACUCUGUAUCUUCUAAAGUAUGAAAUUGCAAUUGUUGUAUAAAUUGAAAGCAUAUUUCCUACGAAUUUUUUAUGCGAUUCGUAAAGAAAACCAUGCCGCCAAAAUCACUUAAAAAAUCAUCAGAAAAUAGAUGUAAAGAGAUCAUUCUUUGAUUCAGUAUAACUUUAAUUUGUCUCAUAUUACCUUUAUUUAAUUCCAAUGCAAAUGAUAAAAAUGUACACACAAAUAAGUCUAAAUAAGAACCUAAUUCAUACACUUAAGAAUUCAUUUUAUAAAAAUGUUAGUUUUUUAAUGCGAAUAAACAUACGUCCUCAGCAGGGGCCCCUGACGAAGUGUUACCCCUUAAAAAUGUUCAAAGAAUUCUUUCAAUUUGCUAGGGAUUUUCGCCAAAAAAGUGAAGAGCAAACAAAAGCGAAAAAAGUACACUUCAUUUUUUGCUUACCCCUCUCGAUUUUUUUCAAUUACCCCCUUGAGGACGUAUCUAGGGACGUAUGCUAAUAAAUGAAUGAACAAAAUAAAA